UACGUCUGCCUCCGCCUCGCCCAAUGUCGCCACCGCGAUCCACUCCAACGCUCGGGUCAGAGUCCCCGGGGCCUCGCGACAAGGAGAGCCAGGAAUCAGCACAAGCGACAGCGGUGGUGGAGCUAAUGCAGGAGGCCAAUAACUCCCGACAGGUGUACGAACAGUUUAAGAAAGUGUUUGACUGACACAUGGUUGUUGCUGAGCCAAAGGGAACGAAAUAAUACUCGGGCAUCAUGGUGAAUACGGCACAUCACUCAGGCAUUAUGGAGCGUGGUGAUAAUAGGGGUGGUUAUAGCGCAUGUCGGUAAAGGGUCCAGCGAGUAGUGCGAUACAAUACAUGUUCGCAAUGGUGAGCUUUUCCGUCCUCUGUUUGUAUCCGUCCACCCAUCUACACUCCUGCAGACUGUCGUGAAAGCCGAUGAUGACGUUUACCUGUGGUAGUGUUGGUUUGCAGUUCUGGCGCUAGUAUACCUGUCCCCCGUUUUUUAGGACAAAAAUGUUUGCACACCCGUACUGGGUUAUUGGGGCUAACACUAUAUUCUCGGUGUACUAAUAGUGGGAUCUCUGAUGGAGAGGGGAAAGAGAAGAAAGAAAAGUGUAAGAUCAAGAAGGCGGGUGGAUGUGCCUUGCUUCCUGCUGGAAUUGGUGAGGACCCCAAAGCAUGAAGAUGAAUCAAGCAGCCGUCGGACUCGGUGUGAUUCUGUGGUAAACCCCCUCACCCUGCACACCAUUCAUUCCUCAGUUCCAUUUUUUCCUCAUUAACUUGAUGCAGGAUUUUCUGGCUUGGAACUACUGGGGUUGCGGGCUAUGCCACCUGGUAUUUCCGCCAAGACAGCGUCUCCCCAUUCGAAGACCUAGCCCGGCAGGACAUGACAUUGAGGAAACCACCAAGAAUGCCUUUUGUUCUAACGACGAAUUGCCCUCAUUAAUAGAAACCUGGAUGAGGACGACGGUGACAACAGACCCUCCUCCCAUCACGGACGUAGUGGAAGUGUGACAGCGACAAUACUAGUUACGAUGCUCACCCCGAUAACCCUAUCCCUUGGGGCGGCGAAGGAAGCGCGUAAAACGGAAUCGGAGGACACGGACCAGUGGGAAUGGGCGAGAAUAGAAGAACCCCCUCGGGGUUAAGCUUGCCCAUCGCUCCGGAUGAGGAUUAUAGCUACAGGGGAGCGGCAGUGUUUUCUGUGUUUUCCUUUUGUCUUCCGGCAUCUUCUUCCAUUUUCUUCCAUUUCCUUUCCUGGCUAGGUUUUCCUAUUGGCUCUGGUGCGGAUAGGAUGGGUUAUCACCUUUUACGUUUUAUAUAUCCUUUUGCGGCAUGGAACAAUGGAAAAUGGCUUUUCAACAU